GUAGAAGAGCGUGUUUUGGAAGAACUGGCUUGGAGCUUGAAUUCACCGCUAUGGAUGAGCUUAAACAAACAACUAAGCGUGCCAUCAAGUCAAGAUGUUUCUCUGGGAUCGGUUGAAGGAUAUAGUUCGAGAUUGCCAAACGUACCACUUGCAGUGCGCUAUCCCACUUCACCACUCAAACAGCUUGGAGCAAAAAGGCGAUUAUCCUUUGACGACGAUGAGAUGUUCGUAGAGGCAAAACGAAAAAUUCCAGAAACGGAUGAGCGUAAACCAAUGAAUGCAACUACUUUGUUCUUCCGCAAGGUUUUUCUUUUUUAUUACUUGUUUCUUUGA